GUUAAUGAUUGGAUCAAUUGGUGAGCAAAUGUGUGAUUGAAAUGAAGUCCAAAAGCAGUUCAUUGUCGCGAAAGAGUCACUCGUUAUGUCGGUUGUGUUGUGUCGACAAACUGUGGAUGACUGCCAUCAGAAACAUGGGACUCAUUGUCAUCUAUUAUCUCUUCUCCAUUGGCAUCACUUUCUAUCAAAAGUGGUUCAUUAAAAAAUUUCACUAUCCGUUGAGUGUAGUCACGUGUCAUAUGAUUGUCAAACUGAUGAUCGCAUACUUCUUGAGACUGACGUACAAAUCAAUUACAGGUAUUUAUGACACCAUAUACUGUGUGUCCACUAAUACUGAUCCGUACGAC